AUGAGAGGAAGAGGUGAGGGAGAUGAAUCAGAGUCACUGUUGAAAAGCCCUAGCACUGUGGAGGAAGAUGGUGGAGGGUUGAAGAAGAGAGUUUGGGUUGAGACAAAGAAGCUAUGGCAAAUCGUUGGUCCUGCCAUGUUCAGUAGAUUAACUUCAUAUUCGAUGCUUGUAAUAACUCAAGCUUUUGCUGGUCAUCUUGGAGAUCUUGAACUAGCCGCAAUAUCCAUCGUUAACAACGUUAUCAUCGGCUUUAACCUCGGCCUUUUGCUUGGAAUGGCGAGUGCGUUGGAAACGUUGUGUGGGCAGGCGUUUGGAGCAAAGAAAUAUCAUAUGUUGGGAGUUUAUAUGCAGCGUUCUUGGAUUGUUCUCUUCUUUUGUUGUCUUUUGUUAUUACCGACUUAUCUUUUCACAACUCCGGUUCUCAAAUUUCUUGGUCAACCAGACGAUAUCGCUGAGGUUUCUGGUGUUGUCUCCCUUUGGGCCAUCCCUCUCCAUUUCUCUUUCGCUUUGUCUUUCCCUCUUCAACGUUUCCUCCAGUGCCAACUCAAAAACCACGUGCCUGCGUACUCGGCUGCGGUUUCAUUAGUGGUUCACAUUUUAGUGUGUUUGUUGUUUGUUAAUGGGCUUAAACUCGGAGUCGUGGGAACUAUGGCUACGGUUAGCAUAUCUUGGUGGGUUAAUGUUCUUAUUACAUUAUCUUACUCGGUUUGUGGCGGCUGUCCACUCACUUGGACUGGCUUAUCCUCCGAAGCCUUCACCGGGCUUUGGGAGUUCCUCAAACUGUCCGCUUCUUCCGGCGUCAUGCUUUGUUUGGAAAAUUGGUAUUAUCGGAUUUUGAUCAUAGUGACUGGAAAUCUUCAAAAUGCUCAAAUAGCCGUUGACUCUUUGUCUAUAUGCAUGGCAAUAAAUGGAUGGGAGAUGAUGAUUCCUCUCGCUUUCUUUGCCGGAACCGGGGUACGUGUGGCAAACGAGUUGGGAGCAGGUAACGGGAGAGGAGCAAGAUUUGCGACGGUUCUAUCAGUAACACAAUCGUUAAUAAUUGGAUUAUUUUUCGGGGCGAUAAUAAUGGUUUUCCACAACCAACUCGCUUGGAUAUUUUCUUCAAGUGAACCCGUCUUAGCUGCCGUUAAUAAACUCUCCAUCCUGUUAGCUUUCACUAUACUUCUUAACAGCAUUCAACCAGUUCUUUCUGGUGUUGCGGUUGGAUCAGGCUGGCAAUCCUACGUAGCAUAUAUAAACUUGGGGUGCUAUUAUUGCAUCGGUCUUCCAUUUGGAUUUCUAAUGGGAUGGGUUUUUAAAUUUGGUGUUAUGGGUAUUUGGGCUGGCAUGAUCUCUGGAGGCACUGCAGUUCAGACACUGAUCUUAUGUUUUAUCACAUUGAGAUGUGAUUGGGAAAAGGAGGCGCAAAAGGCAAAUGCUCGUGUUAACAAAUGGUCCAACACUAUAAAAUGAGGAUUAGACGGGGUACAUGUAACUCAUUAUAUACUCGUAUAAAAAUGUCGAACUUCGACAAAAAAAAUUCUUGUCUGAUUUACUGAAUAAUUUGAUCUGUGUGUUUAAGACGGUAUAUCUUGUUAUCAAAAUGUGAUACUUACUGUAUACUGGUUCAAAUAUAACAGAUGCUUAUUUUCAUUAAAUGCAGUAAUACAAAAAUG